AUGAUUUUAGACGACGUGGUUAAUUCACCGAAUAAUUAUCCGCCCCCGGAUCAAGGCAAGAUUCUCGAAGAAGCCAUUUUCUUCGUGAAGGAGCAGUCCUACUAUAUGAAGAAGGCCAUAGAAAUGGAAGACAUUAGCAAUUCGCUCAAACACGGCUCAAAUAUAAUAUCGGAACUGAGAACGUCCACACUAUCACCUAUACAUUAUUACGAAUUAUACAUGAAGGUGUUUAACGAAUUGGAAUAUUUAUCGGAUUUUAUCGGAGACCACGCGAAAAAGAGUAACAUUAUAGGAGAAUUGUACGUUUCCGUCCAGCAGGCAACCUUUAUUCUUCCGAGGUUGUACCUGCUGAUAAUGGUGGGAGCACAUUACAUAAAGAGCAAGAAGGUGACUGCGAAGGAAAUACUGGACGAUAUCACGGAGUUGUGCAAAGGAAUACAGCACCCGAUGCGAGGAUUGUUCCUGCGCUACUACCUAGUGCAGAUAUGCAAAGAUAAGCUCCCGGACUCAGACCCAGGGAACGAGAACGGGUUCUUGGACUCGUUCGACUUCCUGAUGAACAACUUCUGUGAGUCAAUAAGGUUGUGGAUACGCUUAAAUAAAACGGGGCAGGACAAGAAGAAGAUCGACAAGGAGCGACUGGAGCUGGGACUGCUGGUGGGAGCAAACCUGGUGAGGAUAACACAGCUCGAGGGAGUGGACAUAAACUUCUACGCAACCACGGCGCUGCCGAGAAUUUUGAACGAAAUAAACUCAAUAGACGACUAUGUUGCGCAAAAAUACCUGCUAGACUGCCUAAUACAGGCGUUCAGUGAUGAGUUUCACAUACACACAAUAGAUGAAAUACUGUCAGCCUGCGUGUCAUCAAUUAAAUCAGAAAUUGGUAGAUGGUUAAUAAGUAGAUUACCAAUGCGUAUGAGUGACGAUAUAGUAACUGGAAUAGAAAGUAAUAAUGUUGCAGAUGAUGGAAUUUCGAUUCUAAUAACCAUGAUGAAUAGGUUAUCGACAUUUCUGACAUCGAACCCAGAGGUAAGGGUGUUAGUGGAAGCGCUCCCAGAGGGAGUGGACAUAUUUCUAACAUUUCAAAAACACUUGUCGAAGUUGAAAGUGACGAAGGGGGCGCCGGUGACUAGGUCGGACGAGGAGGGGGGAAGAGUGGGAGUUAAGGGGUACCUGGACCUGCUGGCCUCGUUCCUGGAAUUCACAACCACGCUGUACCCAGGAGUGGUGGAGCACGUGGAGUACAUACUGAACAACGUGGUGGAGCUGCUGUCAAACGUGCUGGGAGAUGUGGUGAUCGAGGGAGCGCCGGCGCAGAGCAUCGUUAAGCUGCUGACGAUCCCAAUCAAGACGCUCUCGCUCAAGGCGCUGGAGCUGAGCUACAACGAGAAGCUGAUGGCCUUCCUGAGUCCGGAAAUGAGGAAGAAGAUGUCGCACGACCUCAUAGACAGCCUCGUGACGACGAGCAUAGCGAUGGACGAGCUCUCGAGCUUCGAGGUCUUCUUCCACUUCGUGGCGCCGCUGUUUGAGCCCUUUAAGGGAGAGGACAGCGAGUUCCUCUCGGACGCGCUCUUGGAGAAGAUUAAGCUGGAGCAGUUUCAAAUAUGUAAAUUAAUACAAGCAAUAAAGUGUUCAAGUGUAAACGAACAGUUUUUAAUAUAUAAGGACCUGAUGAGUAAGAUUCUGAACGGUGGAAGUCUGAGGUUGAAGUACACGCUGCCCUGCCUUAUUACGUGCAGCCUGAACCUGAUCUUCGCAACGUGUUCAGCCGAAGCAGAUCAGACACUGAACGCGAAGAUGAGCUCGCUUAAAAUAUCACACACCCACGAGUUCGCCAUGGAAAUCUUUAAGUUCGUAAACUCGAUAGCCGAAGUGUUGCAGCCAAUAUCGCCAUCAGAAACUUUGAAGUUGCUGAUACUCACAGCCGUUAGCGUGGACGAGUUCGCAAGGACGUGCGUGACCUCCCUGGGAGAAAACGGGAGCUUCGCGAGUGACAUGAAGAUGAUGUGCCUCAACUUCCUGAUGCACGCAUGCAACUGCUACGAGGACGAGAUCACGUACAGCUCGGACAGGCUUAGUAGCCUGAAGUACAUGUGCUCGGCAGUGUCGAGCAAGAUCACGAUCCUGGAGAAGGACGACUACUUCAACGUCGCCAUGCUGCUGGCAAAGUACGGCCUCAACCUCACGCGGAUACACCACAGGUGCCAGGCGCUCGCAGUGGCAGCCUACCUGUUCAGCUCGCCGCACUACUACAACGAGCAGCGACUCUGCUGGUGCCUCGAAAGGUGCGUGACCGUGGUGAACACCUUCGACUUCUGCGCCCCGUACAAGCUCGUGGAGGCGCUGCUCUACCCGCUCGAGACCUCGAGGUACUUCAAGCUCAAGAGCGUGACGAAGCUGAUACAGAGUAAGCUCGACGAGCUGCUUCCGAAGCUGAGCAAGGACGAGUUCGAGACUUACAACGAGAAGGUCGACGGGAUUCAGAGGUUUGUAAACCUGGUCGGCAAGUAA